UCAUUUACUGCACUUUUUGAGAAACCUUUCGAGAUUUUGUUCAGUUAUUUUCGUUUUGGUAUUAAAAAGAAAAAUAAAUAUCUUUUUAUAUUACCAAAAAAGUUCGUCUAUAAAUAGUACUAGUAUUACUUAGAGCAAGCAUUGAAGUAGAAACAGAAACAGAAAAGAAGAGGAAAAGGAAGAAAGCAUGAGUCGUGGAAACCAGAGAGAGCGUUACGGUACCCUCGAGUUUGACGGUGCAUCUAGUGGAAAUCCUGGAAAGUCUGGUGCAGGAGCCGUACUUCGUUCUGGGAAUGAGGUCCAUCGCUUCAGUCAAGGACUGGGAACUCAAACAAAUAAUUCUGCUGAGUAUAAAGGUUUAAUUUUGGGAAUGAAAGAAGCUAGUAACAAAGGGAUUGAUCAUCUUGAAAUCCGAGGUGAUUCUAAGCUUGUUUGCGAACAGUUUGCGGGUAAAUGGAAAGUCAACAACCCGAAUUUAAGGGAACUGCGUAAUGAGGCUUUGGACUUGAAGGGUAACUUCAAGUCAGUCACUGUCCAAUAUGUUCCUAGGGGUUCUAACAGAGAUGCUGAUGCUCAAGCGAGUCGGGGCAAAAAUCUUCAACCUGGCCAUGUUGAAGAAGACUAUUACUACAACUGAUCAUCUGUGACAGCAUGCCACUGUCAGAAACUAUUGGCAACUAUGUUACUUUUCUUGUUUAGAUUGUGCCUACUAGUUAAGCAUUUAGGAUGGUCUUACAUUUGACACACUGUAUGUCAGGUGUAAUUCGGUUUGCAAUUUGAACAUUUGCUUUAGGGGCUUAAAAAUGCUGCUUUGAUGUUUGGAUUUUAUGUUUGGAUGUUAUGCUAAUGUUUCUGAAUUUACUAUUUUCUGCCUU